AUGGACACCGAGAAGUCACUCCGUGAGGAUAUCAUCCGCAUUCGCCGCGAGACGGAGCGUGCGUCGUGCCACGCGGAUGAGUCGGCGUUCGGUGAAGCCCGCACGGCGGUGAUGAAUAUAUUGGACACGAACUACGGUGGCUCCGGUGUCCUGUACGUUCUCUGUUGUGUGAUGCCGCCGCUUAUUUUGUGCGUUGCGUGCAUGCUUCUCUACUACGCUGCAAAGUUACUCCAAGAGCGGUAUCUGCUCUUACGUGUGUCGAGGCAGCUGCGCAGCAACCCCAUGAUUCAGGAGGAGUUGCAGGCACGGAAGCUGAGUCAGGCGUCGCGCCGAUCCGCGCGUCAGCGUACUUCCUUCAUUAUUAUUCUUAAAUGCAUCGUGGCGGCCACUGUGCUCGUUGUUUUCAUUGGAUCGCGCCUGAUGAUGGAGGUGACGGUGCGCACGUGGUUGAAGUCUCUUUUGGUGCCACACGCCACGGAAGCCGAAAGCGAUUCUUCUCUGGAAGAUGAGUUUUCCCAGGAUCCGUGGUAUGAGCUGUACGAUGGUCUUGCGUCGUUUCUUACUGUCAGCUGGUUCCGCGACCUUCAGAGUCUCUUUGUCUUCUCCUCAAUUGGCUCCGGCAUGCUGGUGGUCGGCCUACGCCUGCUCCGCUCCGCCUCUGAUGACUCGAUGUCGCUACACACCCGCGUCUCCGCGUCGACGCAGAUGCUGAAGAGGGUUGACGACCGGCACAUGGCGCGGAGCCAGGAGCUGCUGCAGAAGCAGCUGGUGGAUCUGCUCGCGAUGGUGUCGGAUCAGUUGGGAUCGGCGAAGGGGCUGAACGGGGACGGGACGCAGGAGGAGGACUUGAGGGUGGAGGAGGAAGAGGAGACGCCAGAGGCUAUCGAGGACGAGGGGAAGAGCGAGGACGAGGGGAAGAGCGAGGACGAGGGGAAGAGCCAAGACGAGGAGAAGAGCGAGGACAAGGAGAAAGAUGAAACAGCAAGAGAAGAUGAAAAAAAGAGGAAGUGA